GGAGAAAGCUGCCAGACAGGAAGCCCGCACAAACGCACUGCUCCCAAACAAACGGCGUUUUAAAAGAGACCCUGCCUGCCAACGGGGGCAGCUGGACAUCGCACGGCUCGCAGCAGACAAAGAGCUCACUCUUUAGGUCUGAACAACAUGCCUUUGAAACACAACAGUGCUUAGCGGCUCUAGCUCUGCCAGUAGCAGAGAUCCGUCAGCGCAAAGUCAAGGCACAAAAGAUAACACGUGCCGGCUUUUUCUGAUGAUUGCAAGGGAAAGUUUGCACGACGUGGCAAAGAAAGUUAUUUUCCUUGAAGUUCAGGUGUAAUCUGUUUAAAACAAAAAAAAAGUAGUAGAUCUAGAGUUGAAAGAUGUUAACGUCAGAUUGAGGAAAGCAGAAGGGAAGAGAUUGUCAACAGCUUGGGCAGGUGGGCAGCCGUCCGAGGCGAGGUUGGAGCAGGGGGUUCCUCCGAGGCAACCAUGUGGAUCAGCAGUAAGCUGAAACUGUCCCAGAUCCUCUCGCUGUUAACGUUGGUAGCCGGGGUAAAUGUUUGCCAUGGAUAUGGGUUGCGCCGCUUGCAGAGAUCAGGAGACACGAACAAUCGUGAAGUUCUUUCAGAUGCAGCCCGAGCUACUGCUGCAGGGUCAUGCAGCAGCAGAUGUUUUGAACUGCAAGAGGCAACCCCACCCAACUGUCGCUGUGACAAUUUGUGCAAAAGUUAUAACAGCUGCUGUUUAGAUUUUGAUCAACUUUGUUUGAAGACAGGUCACUCUUUUCCAUCUCGUCUCAACCCUCGAUCCAGAGGGCAGGCAGGUCGUGGAUGGGAGUGUAGCAAAGAACGGUGCGGGGAAGCCCGGAAUGAAGAUUUUGUUUGCCAGUGUUCGGAAGAUUGCAUGAGCAGGGGAGAUUGCUGCACUAACUAUAAAGUCACUUGCAAAGGUGAGAUUCGCUGGGUCAAUGAAGAUUGUGAAGAUUUGAGAACAAUGGAUUGUCCAGCAGGCUUUGUUCGUCCACCAUUGAUCAUUUUCUCUGUGGAUGGCUUUCGUGCUUCAUAUAUGAAGAAAGGAGGCAAGGUCAUGCCCAACAUUGAGAAACUAAGAUCUUGUGGGACUCACGCUCCCUACAUGAGACCAGUUUAUCCAACAAAAACCUUCCCCAAUAUGUAUACUCUUGCUACAGGACUUUAUCCUGAAUCACAUGGAAUUGUUGGAAACUUAAUGCAUGACCCUGUGUUCGAUGCCAACUUCAGCCUUCGAAAUAGAGAAAAAUUCAAUCCUCGAUGGUGGGGAGGACAACCAAUCUGGGUAACAACUGUCAACCAAGCAGUAAAAGCGGGCACGUUUUUCUGGCCUGUUGUCAUUCCUCAUGAACAGCGAGUCUUUACAAUACUUCAGUGGCUGAACUUGCCAGACAAUGAAAGGCCCUAUGUUUAUGCCUUCUAUUCGGAGCAGCCAGAUGCCUACGGCCACAAAUACGGACCAUUCAGCACCGAGGUGACUGAAAACCUUCGACAAAUUGACAGAAUUGUCGGAAAGCUGAUGGACGGACUUAAACAAAUGAACCUCCACCGUUGUGUCAACAUCAUCUUCCUUGGUGACCAUGGAAUGGAAGAUGCCACCUGUGAUAAAACUGAAUAUUUGACCAACUACUUGUCCAACAUUGAUGACAUAAUUUUGUUCCCUGGUUCUCUGGGGCGUAUUCGAUCCAGAUAUACUAACAAUCCCAGAUAUGAUCCCAAGGCAUUGGUAGCCAACCUUACUUGCAGAAGACCUGACCAGCACUUUAAGCCAUACUUGAAGAUGAACCUACCAAAGCGUUUGCAUUAUGCUAACAAUAGAAGAAUUGAAGAUAUCCAUUUAAUGGUUGAGAGGAAGUGGCUAGUCGCAAGAAAACCAAUGGAGGGAACCAGAAAACCAUCUGGAAAAUGUAACUUUCAAGGUGACCAUGGUUAUGACAAUAAAAUCAAUAGUAUGCAGACUGUUUUUAUUGGGUACGGUCCAAGUUUCAAGUUCAAGACAAAAGUGCCACCUUUUGAAAAUAUUGAAUUAUAUAAUGUAAUGUGCGAUCUUCUUGGACUGAAACCAGCUCCGAACAAUGGCACACAUGGCAGUAUGAACCAUCUUUUGCGGAAUCCCCCAUUCAGGCCGUCCAUACCAGAUGAAGUGGCUAAACCGGCUCCUGUGUUAGCUGCUUCAGCAGUUCUAGAUGACUUGGGUUGCACGUGUGAUGAGAGGAACAGAGGAGAAGAACUGAAUAAACGCUUGCAGCAUAGGGGAACGGAAGUGGCAGUGCAGUUUGCCCAACCAACGCAAAGCCUGCCUGAUAUCCCAUUCACCAGGAUCAGAAACAUAUGGACAAAACUUGGCCUUCAACAUCCCAAUAACAAGCAUCUACUUUAUGGUCGACCAGGCGUCCUUUAUCGUACCAAGUACCAUAUUUUGCAUCACCAAGGUUAUAUAAGUGGUUACAGUGAAACCUUUUCAAUGCCACUGUGGACGUCAUACACCGUGCCCAAACAGGUGGAGCUUUUUAAUCUUCCGGACUUUCUGAAUAAUUGUGUGAGACCUGACAUUCGCAUCUCUGCAAGCCACACCCAAAGUUGUUCGGCUUAUAGAGCAGACCGACAAAUUUCAUAUGGAUUUCUUUAUCCUCCCACCCUUGGAUCCUCCCUUGACGCUAAAUAUGAUGCUCUACUAACAUCAAACAUAGUUCCAAUGUAUCCUGCUUUUAAAAAAGUGUGGAACCAUUUUCACAAGGUAAUGGUCAAACGACUGGCUACAGAGCGGAAUGGAAUCAAUGUGAUAAGUGGACCUGUGUUUGAUUAUGACUACGAUGGCCUUUAUGACACGCUUGAUAAAGUUAAACGACUCGUUGAUGCAUCGAUCCCAGUACCAACCCAUUACUACAGCAUUAUUACCAGCUGCCUGGAUAGCACCCAGCCUGUGGACAAGUGUGAUGGGCCACUCACUGCUACAUCAUUCAUUCUGCCCCAUAGACCUGAUAACGAUGAGAGCUGUAACAGUAACGAUGAAGAUCCAAAAUGGAUUGAGGACCUCAUGAAACUACACACAGGACGUGUGCGUGAUAUUGAGCACCUGACUGGUUUAAAUUUCUACCGCAAGACCAGCAGAGCCUACCCUGAAAUCCUUUCUUUAAAGACAUUCUUACAGACAUUUGAAAGUGAAAUCUAAAUCUCUUUAUUUGUCUUGCAAUACAUCUUUUAUUUACAGGUGUAUAUUUUUGAUACUGUUUGUUUUUUGUAUUUAUUAAUUCAAAACCAGAAUAUUUUAAAACUGAUUCUUUAAAGCUUUUAAAAUAAUAAGCAUGUGCCUCUUUUCCCUCUUCUUUUGUCAUUAUUUAGAUAUUUGUCAUUUGUGUUGUACUUUUGCAACUUUUAUCUUUGCCUAAUACUAGGACUAGGUUGCGAGAAUUGAUAAACUUACGUUGAGAAAAAUCCAAGAUUGCUCAGUACAUUGUUCUAUAAUUUCUAUCUUACAUAUAUCAAAGGUGCGAUAUGUAUAUAUAUACUUCACUAUUGCCGUGAUGUAGACUUGUAUUUAUAAUUUACUCAGUGUGCCAAAAAUAUUAUAAAUUGCAACAAAUGUGAGUGUAAAAAGAAAUUGUUGACGGGACUCAGCUAGUCAGGCAGCAUCUGUGGAGGCGGAUGGAUAAAUUAUGCUUUGGGUCGGGAUCCUUUAGAUUGAUGGAGUAGAGAAGAAAUGUUUGAUCAAAACAGGUGAGAGGUAAGGGUGAGGCAAGUACUGACGAGUGAUAGGUGCAAGGAGGGGUUUAAUGACAGAUGAGUAGAUGGCAGAGAGAAGGGUAGCGAUGGUAACCAAGGUAGAGGUUGAGGAGAUAAAGGGUGCAAAUGGUAGAGUUUGAUAAGAAAGGAUGGUGGGACUGAGAUAUUGAACUGAGAUAUUGAGAGGGAUGACGGGUAGAAGGGACAAGGGGGGGGGGGGGGGGGGGAGUAAAAUGGGUGAUUGAGGGUCGGGGGGAUGUGGAUGCUGUUUGGGUAGAGGAGGGGGAAGGAGCUGGGUGAUGCGACGGGGAAAGAAAGAUGUGCACGGGGUGAUCUGGAGAAUUGAGGAGGAAACUUGCUUUAAAUUAGAGAAUCCAAUGUUCAUGCCAUUUGGUAGUAAGCUACACAUGUGUGGAAUAUGAGGUGCUAUUCCUCCAGUUUGUAUGUGGUCUCAGUCUGUCUAUGGAGGAGGUCAAGGACAUCCUCCUGGGUAUGGGGAUGGGAAGGGUUGCAUUGAAGUGGCUAGCAAUCGCGAGCUUCACCUGUCUCUAGUGGAUAUUUGGCGAAACAGUCAUCUAGUCCAAGCUUGGUUCCACCGAUGUAGAUGAGAUCACAUUGGGAGCACCUGGGUAAAACCUUGCCAUUGGAGGGAAAAGUGCUUGGGGAGGGAGAAGUGUGGGUGGGAGGGAUGAGCCAACCAAGGUGUCAUGGAAAGACCAAUCUCCAAUAAAAGACGGAAGAGGUGGAGUUGGGAAGAAAUUUCUGGUGAUGGGAUCGAUUUGGAGCUGGCGGAAGUGUUGGGGAAUGAUGUGUAGAAUGCAGAGGCUGGUGGUCUGAAAGUUAAGAACCAGAGGACUCCAUCCCUGAUCGGUUUGGGGGCAGGGCAGUGAGGGCAGAUCUGCAGGACACAGAAGAGGCAGGAUGAGGGCUCCAUCGACAUCUGUGGGAGUGAGCCACGUUGUAGGUAACCACAGGAAACGGACAGUGUCUUCACAAGAAAUGGGGAGAGAGGGGGUGCGGUCUAGGUAGCUGUGGGAGUUUGUGAAUUUGUGGUCAAUGCCUGUAGAGAGUCUGUCCUCUGUGAUGGAGGUAAAGACAUUGAGAAAGGGGAGAGUGGUGUCAGUGAUGGUCCACGUUAAUUUGAGGGCACAGUGGAAUUUUGAGGUGAAGUUGGUGAAAUGCACAAGUUCUGAACGAGUGCAGAGGAAGCUCGAUGUUGUAGAGCAAGAGUUGAGGAGUGCCAGUGUCUGAACAAAGUGUUCAAGCAGCCAACGUGAAAGACAGGCCUAGCUGGGGCCCAUGUGAGGGCCCACUAGGCUGUACUUUUGCUUUGGGGGAAAAAAAUGAGAGGAUUGGAAAGAAAAGUGGUUGAGAGUGAGGACACGUUCUGUCAGGAGGAAAAGAGUUAGUUGAGGGAAACUGGCUGGGAUUGUCUUCUAGGAAGUAGCAGGGGAACCUGGGGUCUUCCCGAUGGAGAAUGUAAGUGUAAAGGGAUUGGACAUUCAUGGCAAUGAUGAGGCAGUUGGGCCAAGGAAUUGGAAGUUGUUCAAGUGGUGGAGGGCAUGCGAGGUGUCCGGAUAUAGAUGGAAGAGACUGGACAAGGGGGACAAGGUAGUGAAGAUGUAAUAAAUGGGUUCAGUAAGAAGAGACAUUGGGCCUCCAGUGCAGUAAUGUUUGUGGAUGUUGGGUAGGAGGUAGAAGCAAGCAGUGUGAAGUUGUGCAACUAUCUGGUCGCAGUUUAUGUUGGGGGAGUAGUGAUAAGAUCUGUGAUCGUUUGAGAGUUAGUGGCCUGGUGUUUGUUGGUGGGGUCAUGGUCACAGACAAGAUAUGAUGAGCUGGUGCUUUGAUUUGUGGAAAAUUGAUUUGCCUGCUGUAAAAUAUACUAAAUGCAAUGUAAACAAGCUUCUACUUACACUUUAAUUGACGUUCUCGGCUGAAAUGAUGUACGAAAUGAUCUGAGGGCAAAAGAGAUGGAAGAAAAUAGUGUUGUGGCUGCUUUAAUUUUUGGGGAUGGGGGGGGGGGGGGAGACGUGGAUGGCUGUCUAUUUUCUUUGAUAUUUGAUAACCUGUUAUUGGAAAUAUUAUGUGUGCAGGGAAUGGGUAGAUAUGGCGCAUGUGUUGGCAAAAGGGAUUAGUUUAAGUAGGUAUCACAUUUGGCAGAUAAAUUGUGGGCUUAAGGGCCUGUUCCUGUGCUGUACUUUUCUAUGUUCUAUUGUUCUAAGGUAUGAUACGAUAGAACUUUAUUCAUCCCCAGAGGGAAGUUGGUCCGCCACAUAAUCUGUGAUCAAUACAAUAUAUUUGAAAUGUUCAUUUUCCAAAGAAUCUUCUUGGCAUUGCAGUAAAUCAUGAGUUUUUUUUGCAGUUUAUGUGUUAAUCCACUUUAAAUGGAUCAGGCCUGAAGCAGUGGCCAGUUUAGUAUAAACUAUCCAAGUUCACCACAAUCUAAAUUCACUUGCCAGUUACAGAAAUGGUAUAGAAAGAGAGGAAAAAUAUGCCAAAAAUAAAUGUAGUUACAAUAUUCACUGUAUGUCGCCAUUAAAAUUGUAACAACUAUCUGUCUUGGUUUUUGAACAAGUGGCAAAUAUUUACUUGUUAAUUUUGUACACAUAAUUAAAUAACGCUUGUUAAUUUUGAAAAUGUAAUAUCAGUCUUGUUUCUGUAGUCCAAAACAGACGAAUCAAGUGCAAAGCGCAAUGUUUUCAUGCAUCUCAAAGUACCUUGCCUUUAGGAGCCGAGAGAUGGUUUGAUCAAUGAAAAAACGUUUUAGUCAAGAUACUCCAUUUUCAUUCUGCAGUUCAGAGGUGAGGCCUUGAUAAGGCACCAACGUUUUCCUCAGAUACAGAUAAGUAGGUUUGCUAAGGGUCCUCCUGAAAGUUGUGCCGUGCAACACAGAGGUAAUGUAACUGCAGCGACAUCAGCUGAUUGUUCCGAAUCCCAAUUCUUCUGCUCAAAUUGAGAGGGGAGGCGAGGAGCCUCUGGUGAUUUCACCCCGAUACAUUUGGUUUUGAAAUUGAACCUACAAUGACACUACUUUAGCAAAAAAGUCAGAAGUGCAGAAUAUGAAAAUGUUAACUAAAUGAAUGUGUUGAAGUGUUGGUAGACACAAAAUGCUGGAGUAACUCAGUGGGACAGGAAGCAUCUCUGGAGAGAAGGAAUGGGUGAUGCUUCGGAUCAAGAAGGGUCUCGACCCGAAGCGUCACCUAUUCCUUCUCACCAGAGAUGCUGCCUGUCCCGCUGAGAUACUCCAGAAUUUCGUGUCUACCUUCGAUUUAAACCUGCAUCUGCGGUUCUUUCCUACACACGUUGUAGUGUUGUCCAUCUUUGUAGUCCUGAGGAAUGUUUCCGAGGAUAAAGAAUUGCCCAAAAUCUGGGAAGAUGUGUGGAGUGAAGUAUCUUGGAUGUGAAAAGUCUGUUUCCGUUUCCUGAUAGCUUGCCGUGCAUUUCCUUGCCCUCUCGGGUCUAAUUCUGUUCCAGUUAAAUAUGCAUGAAUUCCAGAGGAGGGAUUAUCAUUAAAACAAAUUUUGCUGGAUAAUAGACAAUAGACAAUAGGUGCAGGAGCAGGCCAUUUGGUCCUUCGAGCCAGCACCGCCAUUCAAUGUGAUCAUGGCUGUUCAUCCCAAAUCAGUACCCCGUUCCUGCCUUCUCCCCAUAUCCCCUGACUCUGCUAUUUUUAAGAGCCCUAUCUAGCGCUCUCUUGAAAGCAUCCAGAGAACCUGCCUCCACUGCCCUCUGAGGCAGAGAAUUCCACAGACUCACCACUCUCUGUGAUAAAUGUAGAAUAUACAUUCGCAAUAAGCUGACAAAAGUGUUUUGUAAUUUUGUAUUGCUUCCUCCUCAUCAUUCAUUGAAGUAUUUUAUGGUGACCCAGCAGUAGUGUUGGUACAAAUUGUACAUACACUUGAAUUGUCCUGACAUAUUAGGUAAUUUCCAUGUACUGGGUCAAUAAUACAAUGGAAACAAAUAAAUAUUAUGGGAAAAAAA